AUGUUCUUUCCCACAGCUCGUGUCUCACAAAGCGCGCUGCCCACUCUUCUUAACCUCACGCUCCGCCAGACCGCUCAGCAAAAUAUACUACUCUCUUCCUUCGCCACACAUAUUGGUCGUACCAGAGUCUCGUUCUCUACAUUCUCCCCCUUGCGCACCGCAUCCGCGACCGCAACCGCCGAGAUGGCUUCGAUCCAGAUUCCCACCGUGGCUGCCGGCAGCGAGCGCGUCCCUUUCUCACAGCUCAAGGGUCGCAUUGCGCCCCAGCUCCUCCAAAAUAUCGAGAAGAUGGGCCUUACACACAUGUCCCCAGUGCAAGAAAAGGUCCUGCAGAUGUCCAGCCUCAAGAACGACUGCCUCGUACAAGCCAAGACCGGAACCGGCAAGACAAUCGCUUUCCUGCUCCCCGCCCUCCAAAACAUCAUGACCGCCCCAGACCUGCAGCGCGAGUUCGUUGCAAUCCUCGUCCUCGCCCCCACCCGCGAGCUGGCCCAGCAGAUUGCCGAUGAGUGUGACAAGCUCACCGGAAAGUCUUUCGAGUGCCACAUUGCCGUAGGCGGCACCUCCAAGAACUCGCUCCUUCGGAGGUUCCUCAAUGGCAAACCCACCAUCCUCGUCGCCACCCCCGGCCGCCUCAUCGACUACCUCUCCGAAGAAGAAACCAGACACAAACUCACCAAGCUCCGCUGCGUGGUCCUUGACGAGGCAGACCGCAUGCUCGACCAGGGGUUUGCCCCCUCCAUCAAGAGAAUCUUGCAACAAAUCCCCAAGAAGCAAACUGCUGGCUGGCAAGGCAUGUGCUUCUCUGCUACCGUCCCAGACGAGAUUCAGCAGUUCCUGCCCUUGGUCCUCAACAAGAAGCACGACCGCAUUUCCACCAUCGACCCCAAUGAGACCCCUACCGUCGACAGAAUCCCCCAAUCCGCCAUCCCCAUCCCCUCCAUCGCCGACGCCCUUCCCGUCUUGCACUCCUACCUCAUGACACAAAAGAAAACCAACCCCGAGCUCAAAGCCGUCAUCUUCUGCGGCACCGCCCGCCACGCCGCUUUGCUCUACCACAUCUUUGGUCCCACCGGCGGCGCCGCCCCCAAAGGCCUCUCCUGCUUCCAGAUGCACUCCCGUCUUUCCCAACCAGCACGUACACGAACAAUCGAAGAGUUCAAGAACGCCGAAUCAGGCCUCAUGUUUGCAUCUGAUGUCAUUGGACGUGGCAUGGACUUCCCUGACAUUGACCUAGUCAUCCAGAUGGGCUUCCCUCCCGAAAAAGCACAAUACGUCCAUCGUGUUGGGAGAACGGGAAGAGCAGGCAAGUCGGGAGAAGCAACCAUGAUUUUGACGCCCCAGGAGAUGAGGUUUGUGAGAGCGAAUAAGGACUUUCCCAUCAAGAUUGAGGAAGCUCUCGCCAAGGUGCCGGAGUUGACGAAAUUCCAAGCUUAUACCGCCUUCCUCGGCUUCAACAUCACCGUGGCGAGACAGCUGGGCCUCCAGCCGCCAGAGAUUGUCGGUUUGGCCAACGAGUUUGCCUAUGCGAUGGGGUACGAGGAGAUCCCAGAAGUGGAGGCCAAGAUGGUGGGCAAGAUGGGGCUCAAGGGCGUGCCCGGGUUGAGGAUCAUGGGCAAGGGGGGGGUGAGCAGAGCUGCUCCGGUGCCGAGCGGAAGGACGGGAGGGGGGAGGGCCCAGGGUGGCCCGGGGAGGAUGCAGAGAGGCAAGGUGGCUGAUCCCAGGCCGCAAGGGGUGAGUGGAGGCAAUAAUGGGAGCAGGGCGGACGGCAACAGGAGGGGGCCGAGAGAGAGCACGGGUGCCAACGCCGAGGAGCCGAGCAGGAAACGGCCCAGGCGUGGUGCCCAGGCGUGA